GGGGGUUUGCUCUUUCUUCCCCCGUUUUGGCCACCUCCUGACGGCGAUUUAGUUCGGCCUCGAGCUCUUUUUUCCCCGUCACGGGUCACGUGGGGUGGAUUUGGGCGUUUUUCCCGGUUUAGGGUGAGGGGCCUCUUGGCCAUCCAGGCUGCGCGGCCUAGACUUCCGGUGGAAGCCAUGUGCGCGGUGGGGCCCGAAACCGGCCUUCAGCGGUUCCACUUCUCCGAUUUGGGGGAAACCGGGGAAACCGACAGCCAGGAGUUGGACCUCCUCAUCCUCCAGGUUCUGCAUUCCCAGUAUGGCAUGUACGUGUGGCCUUGUGCCGUGGUUCUUGCUCAGUACCUGUGGUUUCACCGGAGAAGGCUGACCGGCAAGACAGUGUUAGAGAUCGGAGCCGGAGUGAGCCUUCCAGGCGUGCUGGCCGCCAAGUGCGGGGCCAAGGUGAUCCUGUCGGAUAGCGCCGAGCUGCCCCACUGCCUGGAAAACUGUGCGCACAGCUGUCGGGCCAACGGGCUGGCGGAGGUGCGGGUCACCGGCCUCACCUGGGGCCAGGUCUCUCCGGAGCUGCUCUCCCUGCCUCCCCUGGAUAUCAUCCUUGCCUCCGACGUCUUCUUCGAGCCAGAAGACUUUGAAGACAUUCUAACGACAGUCUACUUCCUACUGCAAAGGAAUCCCCGGGCCCAGCUCUGGACAACCUAUCAGGUCCGAAGUGCUGAGUGGUCGCUUGAAGCUUUGCUCCAUAAAUGGGACCUGAAGUGUGUCCUCGUGCCUCUCCACUCUUUCAAUGCCGACAGAGAACACCUGGCCGGAUCGGCUCUUCCGGGAAGACACACGAUUGAGAUGCUCAUCAUCUCUCCCAGGGAGGUGCCUUCUUGAGUCCUUGGACGCAGACUGCUUUGAGCUCUGCCAGGCCCUUCUUGUGGCAGGUGGCAACUGCUUUAGGAGCCAGUGAAUUGCAUUCCUCUCCCCCCGCCCACCCCCAGGCAGUGUGAACUUACACCAUCACCUAUUAAAGAAAGAGCAGCAGUCUGGAAAUAAGCAGACGAUGCAACCACCAUAGCAAAGG